AUGGCGAACCUUCCACUUCCUAAGGUUGAGUCCCUGGUGGACUGUACCUCUUUCCAGCUAACUGUACUCCCCUACCUUGCACAGCUGAAGUGGCUCCCCGCCAGCUUGCGCGAGGCGGGCCGAGAUCUGGAGAGCUUGAAAGCUGUCUACCUUGCCACCAACCCCUUGGUUUCUGCCCUUGCGCUGGGAACAGUCCUUGCUGGAAUUUUCUUUGUGGCUGCCGAGAUCAACCGGAACUACUCUCAGGUUGAUCGCUUCUGGAGCAUCCUGCCUGCAGUGUACAAUGUGCAUUUCGCCGCCUGGGCACGUUUGGCCGGUCUUCGCACCGAGACUUUGGAUACCAUCGCUGUUAUCAGCACUUUAUGGAGUGUUCGUUUGACCUACAACUAUUGGCGCAAAGGAGGCUACUCGAUUGGCUCGGAGGAUUACCGCUGGCAGAUUGUGCGCUCGAGGGUUAACAGCGCCUUUCUCUUUAUGCUUUUCAACUUUGGCUUCAUCGCCUUGGCUCAGUCUUUGCUGCUUUUGCUCAUCACCACCCCGACCUACACCUUGCUCGUGGCCACCAGCCAAGGUCCUGAGACCUUCGGUCUCGCCGACCUGGCUUUCUCCCGCGCCGCCAUCUUCUUCAUUGCUAUCGCAUACUUCGCCGACCAGCAGCAGUGGAACUUCCAAACUGCCAAGCAUGAGUACCUUAACAAUGCGCGCAUUCCCGAGCCCUUCAAGGACCAGUACGCCCCUGAGGAUCUGGAGCGCGGCUUUGUCGUCAGUGGACUCUGGUCGUGGUCGCGACACCCCAACUUUGUCGCUGAGCAGGCUGUUUGGCUGACCAUGUACCUUUGGUCCGCCUACCGCACUGAGAACUACCUUCAGUGGACUGGACUUGGUGUCCUUGGCUACCUUGCUAUUUUCCAAGGUAGCACACGUCUGACUGAGGAUAUUAGUGCGAGCAAGUACCCCGAGUACAGUGAGUACCAGGCUCGCGUGGGCCGAUUCCUUCCUCGCCCGUCUGUUGAGGCCAAGAAGACCAAGUCGAAGAAGGAGAAGGCUAUUCCUGUUAUUGAGCCUGUCGGUGAGGACACUGAGGAGAAGAAGAUCAAAUAA